AAACGCAUCAGGACCAGAGGAUGGAAGAUCGAAAAAGAAACCGACGGCAGGAUUUGGGUGCUGCUCAAGUAUGUAUGUGUUGCGGAAGAGGAAGAGAGCCUCUCAAAGGGAACAACAACCUCUAUCUCAGGCUAGCAAGGCAAGAAGAAGAAGAUCACCCUCCGGAGGAAGAGAGUUGCCUGGUAGCACUCGAUCCGGCGCUGUGGAAGGGCCUGCCGGCGCUGCUGCUGCUCAAGAUCCUUGUCGACCAUCUCCCCUUGGAUCGCCUCUUCCGCCUUGCCGACGGCGACUGGGAGCUCACCGCCGCCAUUCUCGCGCAGCCCUUGAAGCGCGACAAGUAUGCGCUGCUGCUCCCGAAUCAAAGCCUCGUCUUGCACAACUUUGGUGGAGUCGAGGAGAGCUCUGCUUCUACUCCUCGAGAUCUGCCGCCCAGGUGGAAGAGACUGGAUGAGAGGGAUGGUCAGAGCUCGUCGCAGAGGCGCCUCCUGGCCGUGUCUCCGCGCGGGCUGCUGGUACUCUACUGCGCCACAGGCGAAGGCGACCCGGGAGAUCGUCACUCCCUGCUCUGCUACAGCCUAGAUCCGGAGCAGCCGCAGCACCAAGCUUCCGUUUUGCUUCCAGCAGAGUAUGAUCAUGACGGCGGUGGCGUCCAAGCUUGCCAAGUCGUGCAUCCCGGCUGCAAGGAUGAUCAGUGGUGGUAUCAGAUCGUCAUCUUGUAUGCGGCAGGGAGCAAAGCUCUGGUUUUUGACUCGCGCUCCCUCUCCUGGAACACGGUGCGCAAGGCGAGCGCCGCGGAAAGCGACGUCUUUAUCACUAGCAGCUGCGAGGCCAUCCAUCUCCCCACCAAGUCAAUCUCGCAUGUUGUGCUGCCUCUGGGGCUCCAUUGCCAGCACCCUGAGGCGAUCCAGACCCAAGACUCCACCUAUUUGUUUCUUGUUGCAGCAAUCGGCAAAGCCACAGCCGACUAUCGCUGGACGAGAACCCCAGCUUUGGAUGCUGCAAAUGGCAUCCAUGAGAAUUCCCCAGUGGUGCUCGGUGGCUUGAGGAUGGAUGGGGAGACUGGAGACUGGGAACUCCUCCCAGGUCCUAGGGACGAAGUGUGCCGAGCUUUGGUGCUGCCGGAGCUGCGGUGCCUGGGAGUCGCGGGUUGCGUGGGCGUUUUUGUCGACUCCAAGAAGCGCUUGCUCUCGUGCUUGGUCGAUCCGUGGAGCUGGUAUAUCAGCAGCUCCGUCAAAUGCUGGAACUUGGAUGGCAAAAUCAUCCAGAUAGCCUCUCCAUGAUCUUUU